AUGGUGCGGAAGCAGAGCGACAUCGACUGGUAUAGCGUGUUUCUGGCCGCCUUUUCUCACGACGGUGCAGUCGACGCCGACAAUGACUCCCGCGCGCCAAGGCUGCAAGCCCCCACAUCUCCAGGCGGCCGCGAAAGGUUUGAGGAGCCACACAACGAGUUCGAGCGGCGCUUUGGCUCCGACGCGCCGGUUGAUGAUGAGCCGCACUUCCGACUUACCCGUGCGACGACCAAGGCUGCUGUUAGUUUGGGACCAGAUGUGGACGUUCCUUCUGCUUCUAAGGACGUCGAUGAUUUCAGUCCAGUAGAUGAGGAUCAGCAGGGGGAACAUGUGAGCCAUGAACACUGCUCGAAGUCAUCUCCCAAGUUUAGUGGGGACAAGAAGAAUGAUGGAAAGCUACCCAUGAAUAAAAGGAAAAGUCAAGGCCAUGGUGGUAAAAGGAAACCUCCCAUGAACAAACGGAGGGCUCAUGCCAUUGAUCAAGAGGAGUCUGAUUAUGAAAGUUCACUUCCCAGUAAAUUCUCUGAGAGGAGGAAGCAACAGCUUCAGAAUUCAUCUUCUGUUCAUUCUCGAAAGGUUCAAGAUGUGGUUCUAUUGGAUGAUGAAGAUAUGAAACCUAAGGAAGAAGUGAACCGUGAGAUGUUUGAUAGACUGAAUGAACCAGAGAUCUACUACCCAUCAAGAGAUGAUCGAGAAGCUGUCAGGAUCACCAGAUGUGAUAUUAAAUGUCUUGAUCCUCAAGUAUUUUUGUCUUCACACGUGAUAAACUUCUACAUCAAGUACAUCGAAAGGACCAGAUUGUGUAAUGAAAAUUUCAGAGACAAAUUCUACAUAUUCAACACAUAUUUUUUUGGAAAGCUUGAAAAAUCAUUGUAUCAGCCGAGUGACUUCCCAAUGUUGAGAAGAUGGUGGAAAAGUGUCAAUAUAUUCAAUAAUGCAUACAUCAUCUUGCCUAUCCAUGGGAAGGAGCACUGGAGCUUGGUAAUCAUUUGCCUUCCUCCAAAAGAGAAAAUUUCAGAACCAAUCAUACUUCAUCUGGACUCCCUAGGGAUGCAUCGCAGUAAUAAGAUCUUGAACAUAGUUGCGAGGUACAUUGAAACGGAAUGGCGCUUCUUAUCCGUUGCAGAGCCAGCAUGGCCGUGUCUUCUAAGUGAUAUACGCAAGGAAACUGUCCAGGUUCCACAGCAGAAUAACACGUACGACUGUGGUAUCUUCAUGCUUUAUUACAUUGAACAGUUUAUAAAAGAGGCACCAGCAAGGUUCACAGCCGAUAAACUCGACAUGUUUAGUCGCAGUUGGUUCAAACCAGAAGAAGCAUCUAGUCUAAGGCAGAGAAUAAGAGACCUACUGCUAGUAGAAUUUGAAACUGCCAGGCUGGAUCAGUGUUGCAGAAUCAGUGUUGCAGAAUCAAGGGAGAGAAUAAAGGGCAUCAGUGUUGCAGAAUCAGAUGAAGCAAAAGCAACUGGGGAGGCCAUCGGCAGCACGCCAAUUCCGGAUGCAGUUAGUGACAGCGGUGUGAAAAGAUCAGAGGGGAAUGAUGAUGUCACUGGUAGUAGCAUGCCAAUUCCAGAUGCAGUUUGUGAGAUCACCGGGACCAAGAUGUUGGCAUGCUAUUUUGAGGUGCCUGUUGCCACUGGCCAGACAUGGUUCCAGUUCCAGGUCAGCUCUUGUCCUGCAAGUGGUGUUGCUGCUGCUGCUGAAGAACAAGAGGAGCCGGAAAGAGAGGAUGCUGUGGAUAAGGCUUCAGGCUCUCGGCGCGAUGGGAGGCCUAUUCGGUAG